AUGCAUCGACUUUUUGGUGAGCUGGAGCCAUAUGUAACCGUCACCGAACAAAACCUGGCAGACCGAGUUCGGUAUAUCUUGCGCUCAAAUACAUUUGAUGUUACCGAACUCGAACGGCUACGACGUGAGGCUGUUCCUUCAUCGGCUGAAAAUGCUGCGGCUGAGGAUGCGGCGCCACAACUUACUGAGCAAACGGCAAAUGUAGAUGCCGCCGUGAACACGCCAGUUGUGGUUGAUUCAUACGAUGAUGGAAUAGUCGCCCAGGAACUGGAACUAGAGCAAAUAAGGAGUACAUUGGAAGAGGCGAUUGUGGAAACGCGUAGUACACCUCUCGAAAAUCGACUGCGACUUCCCCGCUUAGCCCUAAGCAAGCGUAAUCGGGCUGUCGUAAGGGCUCUGAACCCAAUGCUGGUUACCUAUUUGGAAGCCAGCCAGGACCUAUGCGAGACGGACUCAAUUCUUUUUGGCGCCGCACUGGCAGUCUGCCGUAUUAUAGGCGCCAAACUUUCCACGGCUGGACGCGCUACUGGACAAAAUAGUACUAUCCCAGCCUGGAAAAUAAGAAUUGAAGGACGUAUCGCAAAGGCUAGGGCCCUCAUCGGCAGACUGACCUGA